AUGUUAAACGAUGCUGCAUCAUCAAAAAUUUCUUUAAUGGAAGAACCUCAAGUUUCUGUUGCUGUUAAUAAUAAUCUGUUGGAGCACAAGAAUGGUGGUGGAGACAACCUUGUGGACUUCUACAUUGGACUUGGAUUGGCUAUUAGUUCGAGUAUAUUUAUUGGUUCCUCCUUUAUUAUCAAAAAAAAAGCUUUAAUUAAAUUGGCUAGUGUAUCUGGUGAUUAUGCACAGAGGGCUUCUGAAGGGGGUUAUGGAUAUUUGAAGGAAUGGCUUUGGUGGAUGGGCGUAAUUACAAUGGGAAUUGGAGAAGCUUGCAAUUUCGCAGCCUAUGCUUUUGCUCCAGCAAGUUUAGUAACUCCAAUGGGGGCUUUGAGUGUUCUAGUAACCGCUGUCCUUUCCUCUCGAAUGCUUAAAGAACGCUUAAAUUUAUUGGGAAAAAUUGGAUGUGCAAUUUGUUUGUUGGGUUCAACUUCUAUUGUUAUUCACUCACCUAAAGAAGAGGAAGUCUCGUCUAUGAGAGAAUUGGCGGAGAAAAUGAGAGAUCCAGUAUUCAUCACCUACGUAGCUGUAGUUUUUGCUAUAACCCUAGUUUUUGUGUUUUAUGCCGCUCCUCGUUAUGGCCAUACAAAUAUUCUUGUAUACAUUUCAAUAUGUUCAUUAAUUGGAUCUCUGUCAGUUAUUUCUGUUAAAGGACUUGGAUUGGCAAUUAAAGAAAGUAUUACUACAAAAGAACAAUUUACUAAUUGGUUAACAUGGUUUUGGUUAAUUGCUGUUCUCUCCUGUAUAUCAAUUCAAUUAGUUUAUUUAAAUAAAUCUUUGGAUAUUUACAAUACUUCUAUGGUAACACCAAUAUAUUAUGUUUUCUUUACAAGUUUUGUAAUUUUGGCUAGUUCAAUAUUAUAUAAAGAAUGGUCAUGUUUGGGUGCAAGUGAUGUAAUUGGGAAUGUUAUUGGAUUUUUGACUACAAUUAUUGGAAUAUUUCAAAUGCAAUUAUUCCGAGAUAUAGAAAUUGGUUCAAUUAAACGUUUCCGUUUAUUGUGUUCAACAAAUCAAUAUAUAAGAAAUUCAUCUCAACACCAACACCACCAACAACAACGUGAACAUAAUCGAAGUCCAACAGGUAGUGUAACAAGUAGUAUUUCUAGAGUUGAUGCUGUAAUGUCCGAAGUUGGUUAA